AUGGCGCCAGCAGCAACCUUGCCCACUGUAGACGCCAGACCUCAAAAAGAUCCAAGAUCGAUCCCAGCAGUGCCAGACCUUGAUUGUGAAUCAUACGACUCUGAGGAUGUUCUUACGCAGGAUAUCAUCGAAGGUCUGAAAAAUGCGGGACUCUGUGUCGUCCGCCAGAUCAUCAAGCCCGAAGUCCGUGCAAAGAUCAGCUCGGAGCUGAGGCCAUACACGAUUGACCUUGCACCAACCCCUGGAGAUUUCUGGCCUAAGGAAACUCGAAAGCUCACCAGCAUGGUGAGCAAAUCCGAGACGUACGCGUUAGAACUUGUGGGGCAUCCUGUUUGGCAGACAGUGGGGAAUCAUUUCAUGACUAGCACAUUGAAAGACUACUGGAACUCCGAAGAAAUCACAACGAGUGUCUCCAAGCCUCAACUCAACAACACACAAGGCUUCAUUAUUGGCCCCGGUGCCCGCGCCCAGGGGCUCCACCGCGAUGAUUUCGUCCACCACAAUCGCCAGCCCUACGCUGAAUCGCAUACUCUCGGUCGAGACACUAGCAUCGCUUUCUUUCUAGCAGAUACGCCAACGACCCGCCAGAACGGCGCCACACGCUUCAUCCCCGGCAGUCAUUUAUGGGACUACGACAUUCUCCCAUCGGAAGAAGCCGCUGUCCAGCCUGAGCUGCAACCAGGCGACGGAGUGAUGAUGUUAAGUGGGACGUACCAUGGUGGUUCCCGGAACCAGACAGACGAAUCAAGGGCGGUGUGGUCGGCCGUCACGACCAGAGGGUGGUUGAGGCAGGAGGAAAAUCAGUAUAUUUGUAAUGAUGUUGAGAAGAUCAAGAAGUUGCCGAUUUGGUUGCAGAGGUUCUGUGGGUAUGAGAUGAGUAAGCCUUUCAUGGGGUAUGUGGAUUUGGAUGAUCCGAUCAAGGUGCUUCAUCCGGGGAUGAAGGGUGAUGUGGACCAGUUUUAUUGA